CUUGUCUGGGUGCGAGAUUUGCACACUAGGGGAGCGCUGCCGUCUCGGCCCGGCGUGAGAUUUGCACAGUUGAGUGUGUGUGUGCGUGAAGUUUGCACGCCGGCCACUUGUCCUCCUUGGUAUGCACGGAGGGAGAGCGGUGUGCAGUUCGGCCGGCGGGGGGAGUCUGCGGUCCGCGGCUCGGCGCCGGGGCGAGCUUCUGCGCGGCGGCUCGCUGCUCUGCUCGGAUCCUCCAGCAGGCUUCCGCUUCCUCUGCGUGUGAGAAGCCGGAACCCGUCGCCUGUGGCCCCGGGACUGGAGCGGCCGCCAUGGCCGAGAGGCCCCACCGCUCAGCGGCGGGCGCCGCGCCCAGACCCGUGCACAUGAACCUGUUCGCCACCUGGGAGAUCGACCGCUCCUCGCCCAGCUGCGUGCCCAGAUUGUUCAGUCUGACCCUGAAGAAGCUGCUGGUGUUGAAGGAGUUGGACAAAGACCUCAGUUCGGUGGUGAUCGCUGUAAAGCUGCAGGGUUCCAAGAGGGUGCUGCGAUCGAACGAGAUCCCGCUACUGGCCAGCAGUAUGACGGAGACGGAUCUGCAGCUGACCUUCUCCCUCCAGUACCCGCACUUCCUGAAGCGCGACGCCAACAAGCUCCAGAUCAUGUUGCAACGCCGGAAGAGGUACAAGAACCGCACAAUCCUCGGCUACAAGACGCUGGCCGUGGGGCUGAUCAAUAUGGCUGAGGUCAUGCAGCACCCCAGCGAGGGAGGCCAGGUACUUGGUCUCCACAGCAACAUCAAGGAAGCCUCGGUUCUGGUGGCCGAGGUGAGGAUUUACUCUCUGUCCAGCCAGCCCAUUGACCACGAGACCCCCAAACUGAAGCUGUCAGAUCGGUCCCCGGACAUCGACAAUUACUCGGAGGAUGAAGACGACAGCUUCUCCUCAGAACAGGAAGUCAGUGAUGACCCGAUCCACGGCCAGGAUAUAUUUUUCGAAGACGAGGACAUCACGAAACGCAAGAAGCCAAGGAGGAAGCUGCCGAACUCUUCCGGCAUCUCCCGCGCGGGAAUGAGCAACCAGCAAAAUAUUAAGCAGAAGUUUGUGGCGUUGCUCAAGAGAUUCAGAGUCUCUGACGAGGUGCUCGCUCUGGAGAACGUGUCCACGGAGCAGAUCCAGGAGGUGGAGGAGGACCUGGACCUCUUGUACGACAGCCUGGAACUGUAUAACCCAAGCGACAGCGGCCCCGAGAUGGAGGAGACGGAAAGCGUCCUCAGCACCCCUAAGCCCAAACUAAAACCCUUUUUCGAGGGGAUGUCCCAGUCCAGCUCCCAGACCGAGUUCGGCAGCCUGAACAGCAAAGGCAGCCUGGGCAAGGAGCUCGCCAGCCCGCCGGAGGCGGCGCCCAGUGAGAAGCUCAGAACAUCCCGCGGCAAGCUCACGGACGACGCGGCCUCAGAGUCCGAGAUCCCGGAAUUGACGGAGCAGGAGGCGUUUGGGGAGCUCAUCUCGACGGGGUCGAAUUCCGAUAGGUCCAAACCACUCGCGAAGAGCAGCAAAUCCGAGAGUCAGACCUUUGCUUCUCCCAGUAAAGCCGAUGCCAGCCACACUCCGAAGCACAGGCGGACUCCACUGAAGGAUCGGCAGGUGACCCGGGCGCAGAACGAGCGGGCGAACAGCUCGGACAGUGAGAGGUCGCCAGAGCUCAGCAUCCAGGUCCCUCGCAAAGUGGUUUACGACCAGCUGAACCAAAUCCUGUCGGCGUCGGAGAGCAGCGUGCCGGAGACGGUCGUCAUGGUGAGCACGGUGGACUGGCAGGGGCAGUACGUCUCCGAGCUGCUGCUGGAACAGAAGAGGGCCGUGGUCUGCACCUGCUCCAUGAUAGAGAUUCAGACAUCACUGUCAGCCAUCCUCACCAGGAUACAGCGCUACUGCAACUGUAACGCGCCAAUGCCGCGGCCGGUGAAGGUAGCCGCCAUCGGCGGGCAGAGUUACCUGGCCGCCAUCCUGCGGUUCUUCGUGGAGCAGCUCGCGAACAAGACGUCGGACUGGCUCGGUUACCUGCGCAUCCUGGUGGUCCCGCUGGGAUUUCACCCUGUUGCCAAGUACCUAGCAUCACUGGACAGCAAGUACAACACCCUCUUCCUGGACGCCGCGUGGACUGAACUGUUCAGCAAGAUGGAGCCGCCCAGUACCGAUCCGUUGGACGUGGUCGGGCGGGUCACGCAGUACAUAUCCGGCGCGCAGGUGUCUCACCAGCUCCCGAUCGCCGAGGCCAUGCUGACCUGCAAGCACAAGAGUCACGAAGAUGAUUCCUAUCAGAAGUUCAUUCCCUUUAUUGGCGUGGUGAAAGUUGGAAUUAUUGAGCCCUGUCCCUCCGCCGCAGUGACAGCCGCCGAGCCGGAGGACGCAGCGUCGGCCGCGAGUUUCGUCCCCUCCACCUCCCCUCCCCACAGCGCGAGCUCUGCUCACGUCAAAGAGGCGCUGUCCACGCCCCCCUCCUCCCCGUCCAUGAGCGGCGGCCUCUCGUCCACGAGCCCGGGCGGCAGCGGCGGGGAGGCCAUGGGCCUGCAGGUGGACUACUGGCUCUCGCAGUCGGUGGAGCGGCGGAAGGAGGGCGAGAAGCGGGACACCAACGCCAAGAACACGCUGAAGAGCGCCUUCCGCUCGGUGCAGGUCAGCCGGCUGCCGAACGGCGGGGAGGUCACCCCCUCCGUCACCAUGUCCAUGACGGUGGUCACCAAAGAGAAGAACAAGAAAGUGCCGACGAUAUUCCUGAGCAAGAGACCAAAGGAGAAGGAGGUGGACUCGAAGAGCCAGGUCAUCGAGGGCAUCAGCCGCUUGAUCUGCUCGGCGAAACCGCAGCAGCAUAGCACGUUGAAAGUCUCCAUCGACGGGCUGGAUUGGAACGACGUUAAAUUUUUCCAGCUGGCGGCCCAGUGGCCGACUCACGUGAAGCACUUCCCCAUCGGACUGUUCUGCUACAGCAAGCCCGGCUGCUAGCUCACCGCGGAGGGGAC